AUGCUGCGAACCACUGUUUGGUUGAUAUCUUUACUUAUUGCGGCAAACGCAGCGGAAACCACCCACUUGUCCACAACAGCCCCCGCAAAUUGCCAACAAGCAUGUGCCCAACUCUCCACGCUCUUCGGAUCUGCAGUCCACUACCCUGGCAGUGAUGAUUUCAUCAUCUGGGAUGCGAAGCAGCAGGAGGCUCGUCCAUCCUGUCGCAUCGAGCCCAGAAGUGCCGCUGAUGUGGCCAAAGUAUUGAAUGUCCUCGUUGACCACUGGUGCUACUUUUCGGUGAAGGGUGGCGGACACUCCAGGAAUGCGGGCGACUCUAAUUCCGUGGGUGGUGUUACUGUGGACCUGAACAUGUUGAGACAGGUUGAGGUCUUGGACGAUGGGAACAGGGCACGUGUUGGUGGUGGUGCAACUAGCAUUCAAGUAUACCAUGCCCUGGAAUCUCGGAAUUUGUCAUUUGUCGGUGGAAGAGUAGGCAGUGUGGGUAUGGGUGGAUUCACACUGGGGGGAGGAACAUCCCCAUUCUCGAACAAGUACGGAUGGGGGUUGGAUAACGUUUUCGAAUAUGAGUUUUCAGGUAGUCCUCGCCAAUGGUACGAUUACCAUCGCCUCGGAGACGCACAAUCCGGAUCUAUAUUUCGCUCUCCGAGGGGGGGCAAUAACUUUGCCAUUGUUACAGCCUUCACGAUCCGCACAUUUACCCAAGGCCCCGUCUUCACUGGGCAAACGUCCUACUCUGAAAAUUACACGGAGCAAGUCCUUGAUAAGGCCUACGACCUAUUCACAGAUAAGGAUCUCACUAAUGACGUGGAAAUGGGUUAUGAUCUAUACUAUAGCUACCGCUCAGGCAGCGAAGACUUCACCUUGAUGGGUACCCAGCGCUACGGGAAGGCAAUUCAGGAUCCCCCGGUCUUCCGCAAAAUUGACCAAAUCCCCACAUUGAGCAGGACUACAACUAUAGGAUCCAUGAGCAGUGUGUCGAAUGGUUCUAUCCCAAUGGGCACAACUCGAAACCUAUUUGCUACCCUGACCGUUUCCCCGUCCCGCUCCCUACUCUCACGGGCUCUUCAAAUAUUCCGGCAGGAGGUGGAAGCUAUCAAGUCUGUUCCCGGUAUAAGUACGAACUUGAUCUGCUAUCCGAUGCAAAGGAAUGCCAUCGCAGCCAUGAAGAACAGAGGCGGUAAUGCUCUAGGCAUCGAUCUCGAGCGUGACGAACCUCUUUUUAUUAUUUUGCUCUCCACGGCCUGGUCGGAUGCAAGUGAUGAUGUGGCCGUUAACUGGAUGACCAAAAACGCCGUUCGCAGGAUCGCGUUGGCAGCCCAUAAGCUGGAUGUUGCGAAUCGGUAUAUAUAUAUCAACUACGCAUCUGCCGACCAAGCCAGCCGAGUCUUCUCCGGUUAUGGCGAAGAAAACCUGCAAAGACUCAAGGAUAUCCAGAAAGCGGUGGAUCCCCGUGGAAUCUUCACCUCCAAGGGCCUGUGGAAGGGAUUUAUGAAACUGUUUUAG